UCGUGAGGACUGAGGAGCGUGCAAACUCGAUGAUGUUAAACGCGCGUUUCAAAGUUUCCCCGGCCGGAGGAGCAAACUUCCACGUUCGGCUUUCAUUUAUCUCAAAGUCACAACGCUCUCUUUCGCCUCCCAAAGUUUUGUUCGCCGAUCAAUUUUAUGUCAGGAUUCCGAUAUCCACUAGGGUUCCUCCUGCUUCUCGUCUCUCUCUCCUUGUCGCCGGUCAGGUGUUUAGGUAGCGGAGGAGCAAGUAGCCUAGAGAGAACAUUGGCUAUGAUAAAGCCUGAUGGAGUCUCUGGUAACUACAGCGACCUUAUCAAAAGGAUUAUAGUGGAGGCUAGUUUCAAUAUCGUCAAGGAGAUGCUUACUCUGCUGGACGAGCAGACGGCUUCUGCGUUUUAUCUCGAGCACUCUUCAAGGACCUUUUUUCCUCAUCUUGUUACAUACAUGACAAGUGGUCCGGUCUUGGUGAUGGUAUUGGAGAAGCGUAACGCGGUUUCUGAUUGGCGUGGUUUAAUCGGCCCAACAGAUGCGCAAAAGGCUAAGAUAUCUCACCCUCACAGCAUCAGAGCAUUAUGUGGUAAGGACUUGCAAAGAAAUUGUGUGCAUGGCUCGGAUUCAACAUCAUCAGCUGAACGAGAGAUCAAGUUUUUCUUCAAGGACGUAGUUUCAGGUGACGUGGCUUCACAACAUGACGAACUAUAAGAAAACACCAAUACAGGGUUCUGUUGUUGUUGUUGUAAUCUUGUAACUGUUGGUUUAGCAUCAGUGUAUGAUUUGGAUUCGAACUUUUUUGCAAUUUGCAACUAGCAAAUGAUUUAUACUACAAGUGAAAGGAAUCAAUCACCA